GUAGGUGAGUGUGUUUCAAACUUUUUCACUCGCGCAUGUCUGAAAUGCAGAACAUUACCCUCAUCGCCAGACCACGUCGACUCUUUUGGACUUUGUCCUCGCUAUGAUGCUCUUCCCCCACGUCCAGGAGUGGGCGCAUGCCGAGAUCGCUAAUGUCAUUGGUAAUGACAGGUUGUCAGGCUUUGAGGAUCGAUUCUCGCUGCCCUAUGUGGAAGCUGUGGUUCGCGAAUCGCACAGAUGGCAUCCUGUUCUUCCCUUGGGCAUUGCCCACGCUGCCGUAGAUGACGACGUCUAUGAGGGGUUGUACAUACCUAAAUCCGCAACAGUGAUCGCCAACGUUUGAAACGAAUCCAACGCCUCCGACUUCAUCCCCGAACGAUUCUUCACCGCCAACGGAGGACUGAACGACGACAAGGUGCUCUACGCGUUUGGUUUUGGGAAACGGAUCUGCGUGGGGCAGUAUGUAGCGGAUGCGGGGGUGUGGGUAGCGGUUGUGUCUUUUUUAUUUUUUUUAUUUUUUUAUACCUUGGGGGGUGUUUGGUACCUGGUGCUGAAUUCUCUACUCGACCGACAGUCGACCGCGUCCGUUCGCGUGUCAUAUCGAGCCGCGAGUGAAGGGUAUGACGGCUGAGAAGCUGCAGCAGAUGAUCGGCCACUUUGCUUGAACAGUCUGAAAUGUCAACGCUUUGAAAAUCAAUGAUCACUGUUAUCAUGAUGAUGGUCGUUUGGUCAUCGUCGGAAAGCGGGCCACGCAAGAUUUAAAAAAAAAAAAAAAGAAUCAACGAUUUCCAUAGGUCUUUUUCUGAAUGUUCAGGGGGUCUGACAAACUU